AAGUCGAUGUUUCUGUGUAGAAGAGUGAAGUGGAGAGGGAGAUGGGAGAGCGCAGUAAAAAAAAGCGUGUGAAAUAAUAUAAAUUUGAUUCUUUAAAAAUAGAACCCACAACAGUAGUUUGCAAUAUACCUAUGUCGUCGAGCUAUCGAACAAAUAGCGUGAGAAAUCAUGAAUCGCAUCUCCAAAAUUUUCCAGCCAAUGGUAAUCAUACCCAAAGGGGCUGUGAUCAAGAAAGCGGAAGUCUCAUCACGGAGCCACAGACUCAUGACAGAACUGGGUCUCAUUAAACCAGCCACAAAUGGGACAUUCUACCUCUUGCCACUGGUGCAGAGAUCCGUGGACAAGCUGGUGGCCAUUGUGGAGGCUCACAUGAGGGAAAUUGACGCUCAGAGACUCACACUGCCCAUUCUGACAUCAGGGGAGCUGUGGAAGAAGUCAGGACGCUUGGGAAGUGCGCCAAAUCGAGAAAUCAUGACGACAGUGGACAGGCACGAGAAUCUCCAAAUUCUCAGUCCGACAAAUGAAGAGUCGAUAACGUCGCUGAUGGCCUCCUUAUCGCCAAUUUCCUACAAGCAAUUGCCACUUCGUUUUUAUCAGAUUGGUACAAAGUUCAGGGAUGAGAUGAAGCCGAGAUUUGGACUGAUACGCACCAAGGAAUUUAUCAUGAAGGAUCUCUAUACUUUUGAUGGCAAUGAGACAAAUGCCCUGGACACUUACCAUGAAAUCUGUGGAGCCUACGAGAAGAUGCUACGGUUCAUUGGUCUGACGACUUUUGCCAAGGUUGAGGGUGAUGCGGGAUUGAUGGGUGGGAAUUUGUCACAUGAGUAUCAUCUUCCGGCUGCCGUUGGGGAUGAUACCCUUGUGACAUGUGAAAAAUGUGGCCAUGCAGCCAACCUGGAGGCUAUUCCUGAAGCUAAGAGGAAAAAUUGUGGGAAAUGUGGAAGUGAUUCCCUCAAAAUUUCCGAAGGCAUUGAAGUAGCUCAUACAUUUUUGCUGGGCGAUAAGUACUCAAAGCCCCUGAAGGCCACUUACCUGCAGGAACAUGGCCUGACGGUGCCUGUGGUGAUGGGAUGCUUCGGGGUGGGUAUCACUAGACUGGUGGCUGCUGCAAUUGAAGUCCUGUCAACUGACACAGACAUCCGAUGGCCAAGAAAACUUGCACCAUUCACAGUAUGCCUCAUCCCACCGAAAGCCGGUAGCAAGGAGGAAAAAUCUGGAGGAACAGCUCUUACUGAAGAUCUCUACAGGCAACUCAGUCAACUGCCUGGGCUGGAGGAUGAUGCAGUUCUCGAUGACAGAAAUCAUCUGACAAUUGGCAAAAGGCUUCUUCUGGCCAGGAGAAUGGGGUAUCCUUUUGUCAUAGUGGCUGGUUCUCGGGUAGUCGAUACCCCGCCCCUGCUAGAGCUUCAUCUCGUAGAAUCAGGCAAGAGCCUGGAACUUCAACCCAGUGACAUUAUUAGCGAAAUCCGGAAGCAUUUGAAUGAAGAAAAUUGAAGGUGUCUUUUUUUGUUGGCGGGUGAGAAAUUUAAGGCAUUUUUAUUGAAAUUCCCAGGUGAUUGAUAAUUAGUGACUUGAGCAGGAGUGACUGGAAGACAAUGCAUGUUGCCUCGAGGCGGGAAUAGCACAGAACCACUGUGUGAAUUUUGUUAAAUAAAUGUUUUCUGGCAUUUUGCAGCAGUAAA